GCUUUUCCACUGCCUCAUGUGAGAACAUAAAGGAGGGAUUCCAAGAAGCCAUUGAGAGAGUGGUAGAGUCAGAGCCAGGGGGAUCAGGAUGAAAACCUUCCUUCUUUCACUGCAAUUGCUGCUUGGCCUGGGAUUGGUCCAAGGGCUACUCAGGGUGCCCUUGAGGAGACACAAAUCCGUUCGGAAAACCCUGAGGGAAAGGAGCCAACUUUCCCAAUUCUGGGAGACCCACAAGUUGGAUAUGGUCCAGUUCACUGAUUCCUGCUCCCAAGACCAGAAUGUUAAUGAGCCCCUCAUCAAUUACCAAGAUACGGAAUACUUUGGGGUCAUCUCCAUUGGCUCCCCACCGCAGAAUUUCACUGUCAUCUUCGACACGGGUUCCUCCAAUCUCUGGGUCCCUUCCGUGUACUGUACCAGCCCAGCUUGCCAGAAUCACCGUCAAUUCCACCCCUCUCAGUCCAGCACUUAUUUCGAGAAUGGGAACCAUUUCUUCAUUCAAUAUGGGACAGGGAACUUGACAGGAAUCAUCGGAACAGAUCAAGUUUCCGUGCAAGGGAUUACAGUAGCCAACCAGCAGUUUGGAGAGAGUGUCAGCGAGCCAGGAAGCACUUUUUUGGAAGCACCAUUUGAUGGGAUCCUGGGGCUGGGAUAUCCCUCAUUGGCUGCGGGAGGGGUCACUCCAGUGUUCGACAAUAUGAUGGCCCAAAACUUGGUGGAUAUACCUAUGUUUUCCGUCUACCUGAGCAGGAAUGAAGACAGCACCACUGGAAGUGAGCUGAUUUUUGGAGGUUAUGAUCACACUCAUUUCACUGGAAGCCUGAACUGGGUCCCAGUCACCGUGCAGGGCUACUGGCAGAUAACACUGGACAACAUUCAGGUGGGAGACACUGUUACAUUCUGCGCUGAGGGCUGCCAAGCCAUAGUGGACACAGGGACAUCCUUCAUCACGGGACCACCUGACAAGAUCAAACAGCUGCAGAAUGCCAUUGGGGCAGUGCUUACAAAUGGAGAUUAUCUACUGGAGUGUAAUAACCUCAAUGUGAUGCCAGACGUCACCUUCACCAUCAACGGGAUCCCCUACACCCUCUCCCCUACAGCCUACACAAUGACAGGCUUUGAGGAUGGAAUGGAGUUCUGCCUUGGUGGUUUCCAGGGCCUCAACACGGGGUCCUCAGGUGGGCCGCUCUGGAUCCUCGGGGAUGUGUUCAUUCGUCAGUUUUACUCUGUCUUUGACCGAGGCAACAACCUUGUGGGGCUGGCCCCAGCUAUACCCUAA